CAGCACCUUCCGAGCCAAUCCUUAUGCUCACCAAGCUUCAGCCGCUGCGAGCCACUCUGCUACAAACGACGCCCACCCACCGAUUCCUUUGUGCUGUCAUCUCUACUCCACUGCUACUGUCGUGUGCUCUACGAACCAUGGCUGCCAAACCCUCUCUCCAAGCUGCCGAGGACUUUUUGUCCUUUGUGAACGCCUCCCCCACUCCAUUCCAUGCCGUUAGAUCAGCUAAGGAACGCCUGGAGAAGGCAGGCUUCGAACAGAUCAAGGAACGAGACUCUUGGGCGCCCACCAUCCAGCCCGGUGGCAAGUACUACCUCACGCGAAACGGCUCAUCUAUCGUAGCCUUCGCCGUUGGCAAGCAAUGGAAGGCUGGCAAUCCUAUUGGUAUGAUCGGUGCGCACACUGAUUCGCCAUGCCUGCGCAUCAAGCCGGUAUCGAAGCGCCAGAGCGAUGGCUUCAUCCAAGUCGCGUGCGAGACGUACGGCGGUGGCCUGUGGCAUACCUGGUUCGACCGUGAUCUCAGUAUCGCUGGUAGAGUCAUGGUCCGAACCAAGGGCGGCAAGAUUGAGCAGCGUCUCGUGAAAGUCGAGCGCCCCAUCCUCCGAAUUCCCACCCUCGCGAUUCACCUUGACCGCCAAGAGAACUUCCAAUUCAACAAGGAGACACAGUUGUUCCCGAUUGCUGGGCUGGUGCAGGCUGAGUUGAACAGGCAGGGAAAGACUGAGGAGAGUAAGGACGACGAGAAGAAGGACGGUCCCUUUGAACCACUGGCAACACCGCUCCAAAGGCACCACUCCUACAUCGUGGAAAUCAUCGCAGAAGAAGCGGGUGCCAAUCCCAAUGAUGUCUUGGACUUCGAGAUUGUGCUCUACGACACGCAAAAGUCGGUGAUCGGUGGUCUCAAUAACGAGCUCAUCUUCUCGCCGCGACUGGAUAACCUCAUGAUGUCGUACUGCAGUGUUGAGGGUUUGAUCAAGAGCCUGUCAUCCUCUUCAAGCCUCGAGAAGGACUCCACAAUUCGCCUGAUUGCCCUCUUCGAUCACGAGGAAAUUGGCUCGCAGACUGCGCAGGGAGCCGAUUCAAACCUGCUACCAGCCGUCAUUCGUCGCCUAUCCGUCCUGCCGGGAACUGAGUCGAGUGUAUCAGACAGAUCGUAUGACAAGAUCGAGGCGGAUACAGCCACUGCUUACGAGCAGACACUGUCGACCUCAUUCCUGAUCUCAGCCGACAUGGCUCACUCGGUACACCCCAACUACCCCGGCAAGUACGAGGCACAGCACAGGCCUGAGAUGAACAAGGGCACUGUCAUCAAGAUCAACGCCAACGCUCGUUAUGCCACAAACUCACCAGGUAUCGUCUUGCUGCAGGAGGCCGCUCGUCGCGCAAAGCCAGCAUCAUCUGGUAUUAGCAAGGAAGGCGUGCCGCUCCAGCUCUUCGUUGUCCGUAAUGACUCAUCCUGCGGUAGCACAAUCGGUCCUAUGCUGUCAGCAGCUAUGGGCACGCGUACACUUGACCUAGGUAACCCUCAGCUCAGCAUGCACAGCAUUCGAGAGACUGGCGGUGCGCACGAUGUUGAGCAUGCUGUAAACUUGUUCGAUAGCUUCUUUGAGAACUUUGAGGAUUUGGAGAAGAAAAUUGUAAUCGAUUGACUAGAUGCGAGGCUUUGAGAAAGUACAGAAUAGAAAGAACAAUAACGACCAUUUGAGCACCAUGUUGAGAAUCAGCAACCCCUCGGCUUUUGUUCGGCAUUCUCAUGCUGAUUCGGGGUCCAAACUUGGUAGGCUAGAUGCCCCACCAAAGUGUCAACAACUGUGCUCUGAAGCUGCCGCCAAAAUACAUACCCC